GCUGACGACACGACGGUGACUCUGUGCGUCUGUACAGGAGCCAUCACCAUCAUCAUCACCAUCAUCAUCAUCAUGUUUACCUGAACGUGGAUAACGGGGCUGACAAAUGGCCUGUAAAUAAACACAAAUAACACCUGCGGCUCUCGACCGUUCACGGAACAGGAUCUGCUCGCCGUUUCCUAAAGGCUCUGCGUGUCGUGAGGAGCCAGAAAAACCGCUCCAAAUGUCAACUUGUGCAGUGACAAACUUCAACAAUGGCUUGGAGGCCAGUUCAGACUCCGAUGAUGAGGACAAGCUACAUAUUGUGGAGGAGGACAGCCUGCAGGAGCCUGAGGUCACAGAUGCUGAUGGGACCACAUCGCUGGACAGCCAUGACCCUGACGCCACCUUAACAGUAUUACCCCACAACGGAUCGUGGAAUGGAGUGAAGGAGGAGUGUGCAUCAGAAGAAGAGGAGGAGGCAGUAAAGGAUGCUCUAGUCGAGGAGAUUCUCCAGCAGGGAGACACCGCCAUCAUCUAUCCCGAAGCCCCCGAGGACGAGCAGAGUCCAACAGAGACAGGAGGAGCUGAUGAAAACGGAACACCUGAUUCUUUCUCCCAGUUGCACACUUGCCCCUACUGCUCCCGGGGCUACAAGCGCAACGCCUCGCUGAAGGAACAUAUUAAGUAUCGCCACGAGACCAGUGAGGAUAACUACAGCUGCUCGCACUGCAGCUACACCUUCACCUAUCGCUCGCAGCUGGAGAGGCACAUGAGCCACCACAGGGGCUCCAGAGAGCAGCGUCACGUUUCCCAGUCGACAGGAGGAUCAGGAGGAACGGGUGGAACCCGCAAGUUCAAGUGUACCGAAUGUUCCAAGGCCUUCAAAUACAAACACCACCUGAAGGAGCACCUGCGCAUUCACAGCGGUGAGAAACCAUAUGAAUGCUCAAACUGCAAGAAGCGAUUCUCCCACUCAGGCUCUUACAGCUCCCACAUCAGUAGCAAAAAGUGUGUGGGUGCUACACCCCCCAACGGUGUUGCUCGAACAUCGAUUAAGUCUCCCCCAGCGCCUGCACAGACGAGGCCUGUUGUGAUCGCUCCGGCACGUAUGGUUCUUAAAGAGAAGACUGAAAGCAAACCCCUCCAGGAGCAGCUGCCUGUCACCCAAAUCAAAUCAGAACCUGUGGAAAUUGAGUGCAAGGCUGUGACGGCGGCACCAGCGACUUCAGCUGGCAGUAACGGUGUGGUGAACGGAGGAACGACACAGCCAACUGUGGUCCCAGCUGCAACCCUGCCUCAGGGUGUGGCUAUGGUUGUACCAACAGUGGGCCUGAUGUCACCUAUCAGUAUCAAUCUUAAUGACUUGCAGAAUGUGCUCAAGGUAGCGAUGGAUGGAAAUGUGCUCAGGCAGGUGCUGGGUUCAGCCAAUGGGGUGGUGGCACAGGGGAAGCAGGGAAUUGUAGUCCAGCAGCCGCAGCAACAGAUCAUCAGCCUUCCUGCCUUUGUGGAUCACGAUGGCACCACGAAGAUCAUCAUCAACUACAGCAUUAGCCCUGCAGCUGCCACAACUGCCACCACCCAGCCUACACCGCUUGUUGUCAAAAACAACCCUACUCUGCCUCCUACUAUCGCGACUGUGGCUGCUGCAGCUCCCACUCCAACUGCAACAGAUAAGCCCCAAACUCAAGAGGCGGCUGAUCUUACAAUUGUGAAGACAGAACCAGAAUCAGUCCCUGUCGCAGAUGCGGAGACAGAGGCAGCCACGCAGACAGAAACGGCAACUGAUAAAACUUCAGAAUCAGCUCAGAUGCCAAAACCCACCAGUACAUGUUUACUUUGCGACGACUGUCCUGACAAUCUGGAGGCGUUGCAUCUUCUCCAGCAUCGCAAAGCAGCCAAUGGAGAGGCCGUUGACUCUGCUGCUUUGGACCCGUCUUUCGCCGCUCUGCUAAACGAGGCAGGGGUGACCCUGGAGGAGCCACCUGUCGAUGACCUCCUUUCACUCCUUAAGACCUACUUUGCCUCCAAUGCCAACCCCAGUGAGGAGGAGCUGACAAAGAUCUCAGAGUCUGUCAGUAUUCCAAUGGAAGUGGUUAGAAAGUGGUUUAUCAAGAUGAAAUCUGGGAAAAAUAUGAGCAAAGGCCACAGCGAUGCAAAAGCAGUUUCUAAAGACACUGAUGCCACAAAUUCCAGCUCAGAGGCCCCUUUGAGUAAGAAUGAAGAGGAAGAAGAAGAAGACAAUACAAUCCAAGAAGCAUCCAACAAAGCCUCAUCAGGCUCUCGCAGCGCUUCCCCAUCAGACUCUGAAUCACUCAACAACGAGGACCUUGUCAUUGUUAAAAGUGAGCCAGAAGACCCAGAGGCUUCUGACUCCCAGGCAGAGCCUCUGGACCUCUCUCUUCCCAAACAUAUCACAGCAGAAUCAGAAAACAAAACGGCCACACCUCCCGUCAAACAGCAAGAACAGCCUCUGAACCUGACCUGUUUAAGGAAGGAGCAGCUCGAGGGUCGAACCAUCUACGUCACCACACCUCAGACCGGAAGACCUGUUAACAUCGUCACUACCGCACAGCUGCCCACCUUAGUGGCCAUUGCUGGUCAGGGCACGGUGGGCUGCCUCAACGCCAUCAACACCACAACGAAGCGCACCAUCCUCAUCCCCCAGCUUACAUAUACCUACGCCACUACAGCUGGCAAUGCCACUGGAGCAAAGACUGUUGUUCUCAAUGGUCAUAAGGAGACGCAUUUGGAGAGCAGCUCUGAGGGCGUUUCCACAGUGGAGGAGCAGAACGACUCCGAUUCAGCCUUGGUGAUGAAGAAGCGGCGGCUUGAAAAUGGCGUCUACCCCUGUGAUCUUUGUUCCAAGGUCUUCCAGAAGGGCAGCUCCCUGCUCAGGCACAAAUAUGAACACACAGGAAAACGACCCCACGAGUGCAACGUCUGCAAGAAGGCUUUCAAACACAAACACCACCUGAUCGAACACUCGAGGCUGCACUCUGGUGAGAAACCCUACCAGUGUGACAAGUGCGGCAAGCGUUUCUCUCACUCAGGCUCGUACUCCCAGCACAUGAACCACCGCUACUCCUAUUGCAAGAAGGACGGGCCAAACUCCGGCUCGGGGCCACGCAGGGAUCAGUCAGAGCUCGGCAGCCCAAGCGGCAGGCUGCAGUCAGACAGCCGGACCACGACCCCACCCUCCCAAAUGGACUCAGAUGAGAGGGAGAGUGAAGAAGAGGAAGAUGAGGCCAUCUGCAUGGAUGACAUAAGAGUGGUGCAGGUGGACGACGGCGAGUGCGAGAUCUACGAGGGUAAUUUCGAUGACGACGACGACGACGAAGAGGGAGAGGAGUUAGCAGAGGAAGAGGCGACAGCAGAAGAAGAGACUGAAAGAGAUAAGGGGAAGGAGGAGUUUGCCUGUGAUGUAGUAGAAGUCGAGCUGGGGGAUGACCACGUGGGGAAUGCCGAGAUGGAGGAAAGAAGCGAGGAAAAGGAGGAAUCAGCGAGUGUGGUUGCAGAGAAAACGGCAGACUGUGAAGCGAAUACAAACAGCAGCAUCAGGGACGGGACAGAAAGCACCGAAACAGCAGAGGAAGUGGUGACGAACGCCAAAUGAAGGAAGAAAAUUCUUCGGGACAGUUGGAAUGUGUCGGUCAUUGAAGUCGGGUAAUCUCAGACAGAAACCACAUCUUGCCAUCAGAAGAAAGUCACGGCAGUUGCCUGAUCUUAACGGUCCACUACUGUGUACAAAAACCCAGGUGUGCCUGAACUUGAAAAAAGAAAAAACAAAAACAGUGACUUUUUCUUUGUGAAAAUUAAAUAUCAGUGUUCAAAAUUGUUUAUAGAAGUACAGAUUUUAAAGUAGAACUCAUCCAUCAGCUCAUUAGACUUGUUACUGAGACAUCCCAGGUUGCUUUGUUUUGUUUCUUUUCACUCGGUCAGUGUUAACUAAUCUUGUUUGAAAACCUUUUAUCCUGUAAAGAUGAGAAAGAUUUCUAUACCUUUUUAUUGCCAAUGAAGUUUCCUAAAAUCAGUAUUUUAUUGAGUUCUACGAACAAAAACCUCUGCACUACAGUAUUCCUGGUUUACCUAUGGAUACAUGCCUCAUGCAUUGUAUGCCCUUCAGUGUUAUAUAUGUACACUAGCUAGCAAGAUGUUGUUUGUGUUAGUGUUACUCUUUGCUAGCUAGCAUUACUGUUGUUUUCAGUUUGACUGUUAGCCUUAAGGAAAACAAAGUAUUCUUGGGGGAGGGUUUGGGGUGGGAUGGGGAGUCCGGGAUGAGAAUGCGGCUUCUGUACGCCAUAACCAAAUUUGUCCUAUCAGGGAAGGCAGAGUCACAACCUCAAAGCCAGCAUGAGGCGCCUUUGUUUUGCUGCUCAGCGCAGCCUGAACGGGUGGAGUCUCCAGGUGAAGACUUAAAAGCAGACUCCAGCCUCGUGGCUCAGCUGCAGAUUCCAAAACAGACGCGCCUGUUCUUACCAAGCUUCUCCUUAUUUUGGUUAUUUUGGUUCUCAGUGAGUGUUUCAGUAUUAUCAGCUUAUAUAUGAAGUCAAACUGUAUGUGAAGGAUCGGGGCUUUUUUUUUUAUUUUUUCCUGCUCCACCCCAAUGCCUCCAGCCUUAUGCAAGACCUGUGUGCUGUUAAAAGUGCCAUUGAACAGUAUUAUUAUUUUUUCCUCACACAUGUAGCCAGUAUUAUGUCCCUCUGUUACUUACACAGGAGCCAUGUUGACUAAUGUUUGUUGACUUGCACAGAACAGCAGAUUUGUCACAGCAGCAGAGUAGGAAACUUGAGAAACAGUAUAUAACAUGUUAAUUAAUCUCUUCACUAUUUAAUCUGUUUAGUCUGUAAAAAGACAGAACCCACCCAAACAGCCCAGCUGGGGUCAUCGUAACUCGUUUGAUCUGCCAAAUUAAAAUCCACAAUGAUUCAGUUUACGAUGUAAAAACAGAGAAAAGUUAAAGCCAGAGAAUAUUUAGAAUUUAUCAAUCAGUUAAUUAGCUCUACAUGCUUCUCUAGAAGUGUUGCGUUUGUUCCCGCUACCUGCUUAGUAACUCAACAGCACCCAGCGGCCGCAGCUUUGUCGGUCCAGACUAUGAAGUUUUAAAGUGAUGAAAUGUGUUUAAAUUGUUGAGAAGAUUUUAGUGUUGCUGUUAUAACGUAAGAGAAUCAGUUUUCAACUUUUGAGCUUCGUAAAUCCAAAUUUUGAAAAUCCUUGAACUUAAACUCGAACUCAGUAUUGUGCCUCACCAGGUUGGCUCAGGAAGAAAUACACCAGACCAAAUCCACGUGAGUUUAAAGUCUAACGAUGAUGGAGAGACUCGGUAAUUUUGUCUCACUCGUGCACUUAUUUUCAGAUGCUUAAAAGAAACAAAUUGUGGCAAGCUGUCCCGCACUUAAGGUAACAAGCGUUAGUGAAUGUGGUCUCUGUUAAAGAGUUUUGAGUUAUUUUACCAGACAGUGUUUAUAGUAAUAAUCUGUUUAACUUUUUUUUUGUUUUUGAAGUAUGUCCUCUGUUUGUUUUUGUCAACAAUGGCAGUAUUAGAACCCUUUCCACAGACAAAAAACAAAAAAAACCUGUUUAGCUUUUAGAAGACUUUUUUAUAUUUAUGUGUCUUAUUUUUAUAUUUUCUUUUAUGGUUAUUUAUUACACAUUGUAGUGUACAUUACUGUAGUUUGAAUUGAUACAAUAAUAUAUUUUAGUAUGAAAAAUAAUCUCAAGACAAACAAAAAAAAAUAAAAUCCCAAAAUGUGGUUCUGGGAGACAAAGUUUGUUUUAACAAAAAAAAAAAAGAAAGAAAAGAAAGGAAAAAAAAUUAAAAUAUAAACACGUAUUCUGUAAACUUGACUUCUGUUUUAAGCUAAAAAAGAAAAAAAGGAAUGAAGUGAGAAUUAGAAACUGUUACAUGUGCAUCCGCUCUUUGCGUCGUUAUAAAGCUACUGAAUUCUAAAACUCUGUGAUUUUUAAAAGCAUGAGUCGUUGCCGUUUAAUUGAAGGAUCUUGUUAUAAAGACAUUACUCCUCCCUUUUUUUUUUAAUAUAUAUAUAUAUAUUUUGAAGCCAAAUUUCCAGCAUCCCGCCACCUUGUUUUCUGUUCUGUGCCAACUUGUUCCAUUGUACUGUUGAAGGCUGCAUAUUGUUUGUCCUCUACACACCCUUUGUAAAUCCACUGUCUUUUUGUAUUGUUUUUAUUUUAGGUUUGCUCCAUUUCUAUGACUCCCCAUCACAAUAAAAUGUAAGACAGCAA